UGGGGGGACUCGAGUCGAUGACUUGACUCGAGUCCGACUCGAGUCGCCAGAUUUGUGACUUGUGACUUACUUGAUCAACAUUAAAAAAAGCUUGACUUGACUUUGACUUGCAUUUCCUGACCAGCGACUUGACUUGACUUUUGUCAUGUGACUUGCAAAGUCACAUGACAAACUUGUCUUGUUAAAACAUGUUUUGUUUAAAAAAUAAAUAAAUAAAUAAAUAAAUAAAAUUAUUAGGUCGACGUUGCUUUAUUGUGAGCAAGUGCUCCUGACCUGCUGCAUAUCAGCAAACCUGGCAACCCCUCCUCCACACAACGCGACGUGCCUGCACGAGUCUAGUGCUGAUCAGCAGGAAAAUGGAGGGCACUCGGACCAACACCAUCCCGAAAAUAAUACAUUUUGGAUUCAAAGAUUACCAGACAACAGCAAAUAAAAGAGGAGCGACAUGCAACACCUGCAGUGUUAAAGUUAGUGAUACUGCAAGCACUACGUCGAAUUUCAUCCGACAUUUCAAGACAGCUCAUAAAGAAAGAUACGAAGAGUACCUUCGCUCAAAAGCAGCUCCUUUGACAGACUCAAGUCAGCCCCAGAUCUCCCAGUUCAUCACAAGCAACAAGCAACACUACAGUACUAGCCAUCCCCAGCAGAACGCCAUCACACGUUCAAUACUUUUAGACCUGGUUAUUGAUUGCAACUUGCCAUUGUCUGUCAUAGAACACCCAAGUUUCCGGCGCUUCAUGUCUGUUGUUGACAUAAGGUACAACCCUGUAAGCCGAAGAACUCUUACUUCAAAACUGGAUGGUGUAAUGCUGGAAAAGCAGACAAAACUGAAGAACAGUCUUGCAAAUGCUGAAAAUCUAUCAGUCACAGUUGACAUAUGGUCAGAUCGGAAAAUGCGGGGCUUCCUAGGAGUUACUGCUCACUGGUUGGAUAAUGGAGAAGGUGGUGGAAUAGUCCUGAAAUCUGCUUUGCUGGCUUGUAAGAGGUUCAGCGGUUCCCAUACAGGGGAAAGAAUAUGUGAGGAAUUUGAGCAAAUAUGUGAAGAGUACCAAAUCAAAAGGAAGCUAUUGCACAUCAUAUGCGAUAAUGCUGCAAAUAUGAGAAAAGCAUUCAGCACUUGUUUUCCACAACAUGGAGAUGAAGAGGAUGACGAUGAUGAAGGAGUUGAGGACGACAACUUGUGGACUGACUUGCCAGUCGAAGACCAAGAGAGAGUGGAUCUUUUUCUCCAAGCUAAAUCUCAGACAAGACAGCAGUGUUUUGCCCACACGCUGCAGUUAGUUGUGGGGGAUGGCUUAAAAGACACAAAAAUAGCUAAUGCAGCUCUUGCAAAGGCCUGCAAACUGAGCAAUUUACUCCACAGCAGCACUUCGUUCAAGGACAUUUUUGAGAGAGAGUUUGGGCAAUCUGGCAUCCCUUCCUCAGUUGUCACACGUUGGAACUCAACGCUUAGGCAGUUGAAAGCGGUACUGAAAUGUGACUCCACAAAGCUCACAGCCAUUCUUCAAGAGUCUGGCCACAAAGAGACAGCAUUCACAUCAAGAGAAUGGAGUCAAAUUCAAGAGUUGGUGCGUGUGCUUGAACCUUUUGCCCAGGCCACCGACCUCACUCAAGGUGAAAAAGUGGUGACCAUAAGUGCAGUGGUUCCCUGUGUCCUCUCCCUCAACCACCAUCUGGAACACUUAAAAGGCACUAUGUGCUACUUGGGGGCCUUCAUCAAAACCUUACAGACAUCUCUUCAAAGGAGGUUCAAGGGGAUUUUCGUAAAUGUGAAGAUGGCAGAAAACUCAUCAUCUGAUUGCCAGCCAUUGCCCUUCUCUGACCCACUGUAUCUGAAGGCAGCCAUGCUGGAUCCUUCUUUUGGCAGCAUGUGGGUCACACAUGAUGUUUUGGUCCCUGACAACACUAAGGAGGAGGUAUCAAAGAUGAUCAAAGACUUGAUUCUGGAAGAAGCGGUGAAAGUCACUCCAACAAACACACGCAUAGAAGAGGAAGAAGAGGUCCAGGCGACAGAGCCUCAGUCAAGCCUCUUUGCAUCCUACCACAACAAGAGACAAAAGAAGGACUCCGCUUCAACACCUCAUAUGCAGCUCACACACUUCUUGGACAUUUGUAGUGGACAGGACUGCCUCCACUUCUGGACACUGAACAGACACACCCUUCCUUCUCUCUUCAAGGUUGUGGUAAGACUGUUGCAUAUCCCUGCAUCCAGUGCCCCGGUUGAACGUGUGUUUAGCCAUGGUAGUGUGAUCAUGAGACCCCAUCGGUCACAACUCAGUGCAAAGGUUUUAACUAGUUUAAUUUUUUGCAAGUGUAAUGGCCACUGGUAAUUGCUCACAAGUCAAGAUAUUCUGAUGCUUUGUUACUGUAGGCUCACAUUGUUUCACACUUUUGUUAAAUUAAGCACAUUUUAACUGUUCCUGUUUCUUUUCAUAUACCGUAUGUGAUCGUUGCCACAGAUACCUGACCCCAAAAUGAGCAAUUCAGUAUUUGAACAUGUGCGCACAUUUAGCUACAGUGCUUCACUCAUUCGCACGCACACACAUACACACACACACACACACACAAUGAAAAACAACUGUUGUUUUCUGACUCAGGAUAACAUAAGUGAUAAUGGUAUUUCAUAUUAUACAGAAUGAAUGGAGGCAAGUGUAUGUAUCCAGAUUUCUGAAACAUGAUACAAAUAGUUUAUAAAAGUCAUUGGUAGUUAACUGGUUAAAACAUGCAGACACAACUACUGUUCAUUGUCCUUUCUUCCUGUUGUGUGCUCUCUCUCUCUGUCUCAUUCAAAAUUAAAAUAAAAAUUUGCUGUUUUGAAUUCAUUCAUGUUGAGC